CUGUUGCCUAUGAAGUUCGAAAAUUCCUUAGAGAAAAGUGUCCUGGCUGCAAAGUCAAUCAUCCGAGUCGAAGUAGGCACGAAUGUCUAACGUUGCCUGUCGAAGGAUGGAUAUUGCAUGGUCGGUCUAUAGAGGCGGUGAUGCGUGUGAUUGAGCGUGGAAUUUUAAGGAAGCAAUUUAUCGAAGCUAUUCGUGCGUUGAAAUUGGAAUAUUACGAGCGUAAAAGGAACAUUAUGAGAACUUGA